AUGGCGUGGGCCAACCAGGGAAUGCAGGCGCUGAUCCCUGUGAUCAAUCGUGUACAGGACGCGUUCUCGCAGCUCGGAACCUCCGUCAGCUUCGAAUUGCCACAAAUCGCUGUCGUUGGAGGACAAUCCGCCGGAAAGUCAUCCGUAUUGGAGAAUUUUGUUGGAAAAGACUUUCUUCCACGUGGAUCCGGUAUCGUCACUCGUCGUCCACUGAUUCUUCAGCUCAUUCAAGACCGUAAUGAGUACGCGGAGUUCCUCCAUAAGAAGGGUCACCGAUUUGUCGACUUCGAUCAAGUACGGAAAGAGAUUGAAGACGAAACGGAUCGUGUCACCGGACAAAACAAGGGUAUCAGUCCGCAUCCCAUCAACUUGCGUGUCUUCUCACCAAAUGUCCUUAACUUGACACUCAUCGAUUUGCCCGGUCUCACAAAGGUGCCUGUCGGAGAUCAACCAGCCGAUAUCGAGCAGCAAAUCCGUGACAUGAUUCUCACGUUCAUUGGCAGAGAGACUUGCCUCAUUCUUGCCGUCACGCCAGCUAACAGUGAUCUUGCCACGUCAGAUGCUCUCAAGCUCGCCAAGGAAGUCGAUCCGCAGGGACUUCGUACUAUCGGAGUUCUCACCAAACUCGAUUUGAUGGACGAAGGCACUGAUGCUCGUGAGAUUCUUGAGAACAAGUUGUUCCCACUCCGUCGUGGAUAUGUUGGAGUUGUUAACCGUGGUCAGAAGGAUAUCGUCGGUCGGAAAGACAUCAGAGCUGCGUUGGAUGCUGAACGCAAGUUCUUCAUCUCCCAUCCAUCGUACAGACAUAUGGCUGAUCGUUUGGGAACAUCUUACUUGCAACAUACAUUGAAUCAACAACUCACUAACCAUAUUCGUGACACGUUGCCAACCCUUCGUGACAGUUUGCAGAAGAAGAUGUUUGCUAUGGAGAAGGAUGUUGCUGAAUACAAAAAUUUCCAGCCAAACGACCCAGGACGCAAGACUAAGGCUCUUUUGCAAAUGGUCACACAAUUCAACGCCGACAUUGAGCGCUCUAUCGAAGGAUCCUCCGCCAAACUGGUUUCGACCAACGAGCUCAGCGGAGGAGCCCGCAUCAACCGUCUCUUCCACGAGCGUUUCCCAUUCGAAAUUGUCAAAAUGGAAAUCGAUGAGAAGGAGAUGCGCAAGGAGAUCCAGUUCGCCAUCCGAAACAUUCAUGGUAUCCGUGUUGGUCUCUUCACUCCAGAUAUGGCUUUCGAAGCGAUCGCCAAGAAACAAAUCGCUCGUCUGAAGGAGCCAUCGUUGAAGUGUGUUGACUUGGUAGUCAACGAGUUGGCAAAUGUGAUCAGACAGUGUGCGGAUACCAUGGCAAGAUACCCACGCCUUCGCGAUGAGCUGGAGAGAAUUGUGGUGUCCCACAUGCGUGAACGUGAGCAGAUCGCCAAGCAACAGAUUGCACUGAUUGUCGAUUACGAGCUUGCCUAUAUGAAUACCAACCAUGAGGAUUUCAUUGGAUUCAGCAAUGCUGAAGCGAAGGCAUCGCAAGGGCAAUCGGCCAAGAAGAACCUUGGAAAUCAAGUGAUCCGAAAAGGAUGGCUCUCCGUCAGCAACAUUUCGUUUGUCCGUGGAUCCAAGGACUGCUGGUUUGUCCUGAUGUCCGACAGUUUGAGUUGGUACAAGGAUGAUGAGGAGAAAGAGAAGAAAUACAUGUUGCCAUUGGAUGGAAUCAAGUUGCGAGAUAUCGAAAGUGGAUUCAUGUCACGUCAACACAAGUUCGCCUUGUUCUACCCAGACGGAAAGAAUAUCUACAAGGACUACAAGCAACUCGAGUUGGGAUGCAAUAACUUGGAUGAGGUCGACGCAUGGAAGGCCUCUUUCUUGCGUGCCGGUGUCUACCCAGAGAAGCAGAAAGCCCCAGAAGACGAGAAUCUGCCAGAGAUGGAGGAAUCCUCUAUGGAUCCACAGUUGGAAAGACAAGUCGAGACUAUCAGAAACCUGGUUGACUCGUACAUGAGAAUUAUUACCAAGACGAUCAAGGAUAUGGUGCCCAAGGCUGUUAUGCAUUUGGUUGUCAACCAGGUGAGCGAAUUCAUGAAGGACGAGCUUCUUGCCCAUCUCUACCAAUGCGGAGAUACCGACGCACUUAUGGAGGAAUCUCAACUCGAGGCUCAAAAACGAGAGGAGAUGCUUCGAAUGUACCACGCUUGCAAGGAAGCCCUUCGUAUCAUCUCAGAAGUCAACAUGUCCACCAUUGGAGACCAGCCACCACCACUUCCAGUGUCUGACUUCCGUCCACAGCCACAAGGACCGUCGCCAGUGCCACGUGCGGCGCCAGCGCCACCGGGCGGACGUCAAGCGCCAAUGCCACCACGUGGAGGACCGGGUGGACCACCACCACCAGGAAUGCGCCCACCACCAGGUGCCCCAGGAGGUGGCGGCAUGUACCCACCAUUGAUUCCGACAAGAACGCCAACACCAUCCAAUGGAGCGCCAGAGAUUCCAGCUCGUCCACAAGUCCCAAAAAGGCCAUUCUAA